AUUGUCAAGCAAAAUCCAGAACAUUCCACUCAACAACAUCGCUUUCAAAGUCAACAACCGAUGCCCACACCAGCUGGAGUCAAUCACGCAUCUGCAUCACAUUGCUGAACCAUUUCGCCAAGAUGCCUGUCGACUACAGCAAAUGGGACGCGCUGGAGCUCAGCGACGACUCGGAUGUCGAGGUCCACCCCAACGUCGAUAAGCGCUCAUUCAUCCGCGCAAAGCAGAACCAAAUUCACCAGGAGCGACUGCAGCGCAAGCACCAGAUCGAGACGCUCAAGUACGAGCGCAUCAUCAACGAUGGCCUGAUGAAGCGCAUCUCCAACCUCUUGGACGCCCUUAAGUCCCAUGCCUCCGAGGCCGAGACCCGAAACCCCGGCGAGGUCGCCUUCCAAGCCGUCAUGGAGUCCGCCGGCAAGCCCGAAGACGACCAGCCGCCCCCGCGCCCAGAGGGAAUCCACGCCGACUCAGAGCCGCUGCCCAGCUUCUCCAAGAUGAUGGCCGUGCUGUUGGACCAAGUUAACAAGGAGCUGGACGAGAAGAAGCCCGAGAACCGUUACAAGGCGAUGCUCGAGGGCGUCGAGGGACACCUGACCAAGGUGCAGAAUCUGCAAAAGGAGCUGUUUGCCAAGCUGGCCGAGCUGGAGAAGGAGGAGGGACGCAAAAUCACGAGCGAGGGCAUUCACACGGGCUUUGACAGCUCGCACGUCAACAAGUCCAAGGAUACGGAUAAGAAGGAGGAGCAGCGCAAGCCGGAGCUUCUGAACCCCAACUUUGACAUGACACAGUCUCUACCGGCCAAGUCGACCCAAUCGUAUGACGACGAUGAGGAGAUUGAGGCCUCGCCCGCCGCCAAGAAGUUUGCGCAGAUCAAGGCCGACGACUACACAUCCAGCGCCCAGUACCUGUCCAAGAACCCGCAGAUCCUGACGGAGCGGGAGACGGACGGCCUCCUGGUCCUCGCCUUCGAUGCCGCACUCGAGAGCAAGGACGACUUUUGCCGGCAGUGCGUCCACCAGGCGCUGCUGCUGCAGUACUGCAGAGCGCUGGGCAAGGACGGCGUGGGCAUGUUCUUCAAGCGCAUCACGACAAAGGGCCACCAGGCGCAAGAGGUGUUCUUCAAGGACGUGCAGGAUACGUACGGCAAGAUCAGGAACCGGGCACGGGAGAUUGUCAAGGAGCGCGCCAGCGAGCCCGAGGGCGUGGAGCAGAUUCAGCUGCACGCGGUGGAGCCCGGCACGGAGAUCAAGAUUACGAUUCCGCCCAAGGACAGCGAGGACCCCGCCGUGAAGGAGGGUCGGGAUAUCUUUGAGACCUUCAGCGCCGACUUCCAAAAGGCCCUAGAGAGCGGCAGUCUAGAUGAGGUCAACAAGGUGUUGGGCAAGAUGAAGGUUGAAGAGGCCGAGGACAUUGUCGGCAAGCUUGGAGACGCCGGCAUUUUGAGUCUGGAGGAGCAGAUUAUCGACGCCACAACGGAGGAGGGCCAAAAGGCGCUCAAGGACAUGGAGGCGGCGCAGGCCGGUUCCGAGUCCGGAUUCGCGCCGGACCCUGAAUAAAUGGGGGGAAAAGGAAGCAUUCGUAAGUCCACUAGAGCCGGAACAUGGGGUAAGGUCAGAGCACUUCUAGCAGACACCGCGGGGGGGAGAAGUUUGGUUAGCGCAAAGGCACGAUGAACGAACAAGCUGAUGAGCACGGGCAGAUGGCUUGUGGUGGUCACUGAGUAAGCAGAUUAAAAGAUUCAGAGACAGAAAGGAUAUCAAUUCAAGAAGAUUCCGAGCAUUGACCACGACUUGAGUGUUGCAUCAACUGCGGCUGAGCCCUUCCUCGGGGGUACACGCGUGACGAGAGGGGGAGAAUGAAGUCUUGACAAUGGCAUUGACGGCAUUGGGCGAAUUCGUCCAACAAAUGGGCAAAAGACGAACGACAUGUCGCUCGUGUGGCUGCGGCCGACGUGGGUUUUUGCGCUCGGCGUGGCUUAGUUUUGACAGUCGAGCCCUUUUCUCGGGUGACGGUUCCUCCCCCACCAUACCGUACCGUACCUAAUAUCGUCCUUCCCGUCGCUUGACAGGCCCCGAGCCUGGGCCCCCGGUGAACGAACCACGGAUGGUCUUGAUGAAGACUGGUGGCAGGGCAAGGUUACGUACGCCCUUCGGAAUGGGCCGUACGAGUUUCUGUGCUCUCUUGAUGAAUU